AUAGUAAUAGCAAUUAGUUCCAUCAUUUCACCGCCACGUGGUGGUAGUGUUUUAUUGACAUUAUUUUGAUAAUUACAUAUCAGAAUUCGAUGUCAUUUCUUCUAAUUUUUGAAAACUACUUUGUGAAAUUUUUCUAUGCGAUUCUACUUUGAGUAAGCUAGUUUUAUUUUUUGAAAAUAAAUACAAAUAUAAGUAUAUAACACAUAUACUACGUGAAAGAUACUUGUGUCGACACGCAUGCGCUAAUAGUGAUAACUAUGACAUCAAAUGGAGUUUUAACACCGGAACAAUACGGAAUCAGCUGUCACUUGCUUCAAAAAUUUUAAUGUGUCGUUUUGUAAUUUAAAACGUGACAUUAAAAAAUGAUGUCCGAAAGAGAUUAUGCGCCACUUAGUGCUGCUUGUGUACGUUCUCUUAAUGACAAACUUUAUGAGAAACGAAAAGCAGCUGCUUUAGAAGUAGAAAAAAUGGUGAAGGAAUUUGCUGCACAUAACAAUACUGUUCAAAUCAAACGAUUAUUAAAAGUAUUGGGUCAGGAUCUUGCUACGUCACAAAAUCCACACACCCGAAAAGGUGGUUUAAUAGGCCUUGCAGCAAUAGCAGUAGGAUUGGGAAAAGAUACUGGCCAAUAUAUAGAGGAUUUAAUACAUCCUAUUUUAGCUUGUUUUUGUGAUUCUGAUUUACGUGUAAGAUAUUAUGCUUGUGAAAGUUUAUACAAUGUAGUAAAAGUGGCAAGAGGUGCUGUAUUGCCACAGUUUACAGAUAUUUUUGCAGCUCUUAGCAAAUUAGCAUGUGAUUCAGAACAAAAUGUGAAAAAUGCUACUGAGCUGCUUGAUAGAUUAAUGAAGGAUAUUGUAACAGAAAGUGGUCUGUUUGAUUUAGUUGGAUUCAUGCCUUUAUUACGAGAACGUAUUUAUACAAAAAAUCCGUUUGGUAGACAAUUUGUGAUAGCAUGGGUAUCUGUGUUAGAUGCUGUACCCAAUAUGGAUUUUAUCAUAUUUCUACCUGAAAUUCUUGAUGGUUUAUUUAGAAUAUUAGAGGAUACAAUACCAGAAAUUAAAAAAGUUACAGAUACAGUUCUCUGUGAAUUUUUAAGAAGUAUAAAGGCUAAUCCUGGAAGAGUAGAUUUUCCAGGAAUGAUAAAUAUCUUAAUUACACAUGCUCAAAGUACAGAUGAAUUAUUACAAUUAACAGCAAUUACAUGGAUUAAGGAAUUUGUACAAUUAUCAGGUCCUCUUAUGCUUCCUUAUAUGUCUGGUAUUCUUGUAGCAGUAUUGCCCUGUUUAGCAUAUGAUGGAGAUACUAGAAAAAAUAUUAAAGAAACUGCAACACAAGUAAAUAUGAAUUUAAUGAAAUUAAUAACUAUGGAAAAUAAAGAAAUUGUACAUAAUACUGAUGAAAUUGGUGCUCAAAGUGAGAAAGUCUUUAAGUGAUAAUUCAGAUGAAGUGGUGCAGCAAACAUUAGUUGUAAUGGCUGAAAUAAUUAGUUCAAAAUCGCCUGAAGCAGCUAUUACAAACUCAAAUGCAGAAAAGCAAAACAAAUAUUUUACAAAAUUUAUUGUAAAUUUAUUAAGAAUAUUUUCAACAGACAGACAUUUAUUAGAAGAAAGAGGGGCUUUUAUUAUUAGAGAAUUAUGUGUAUUAUUAAGUGCUGAAGAUAUUUAUAAAACAUUAGCAAAAAUAUUGAUGGAGGAACCAAAUUUAAGUUUUGCAUGUACAAUGAUUCAAACUUUAAAUGUUAUACUAUUGACAAGUUCAGAAUUAUUUGAUUUGCGCAAUAAACUUAAAGAUUUAGAUUCUUUAGUAAAUUUGAGACUACAACUUCUUGAGAGAGAAGAAAAUGAUGCUUUAAUAUAUGCACUUUAUGGUCUACUCAUGAUUCUUCCUCAAAGUGAAGCAUAUGCAACUCUACAAAGACGUUUAGCAGCUAUUCCACCAACAACAAAAUCUAUACCUAAAACAGUAUCGAAUCCAAAACCGUUUAAAGAUACAUUUGAUUUUUCUGAGUUAUUAAAACAUUUUCACAUUAUUCAAGAACGACAUAAAGAACAAAAACAUAAACAACGAUUGACAAAUUUAACAGAAAAGAAUGCAAAUCAUGCAGAUAUAUAAAUAACAUUUUUAUAUUAAAUUUUAUAUAAUUACAAAUAGUAAUUUAUAUAAAAGUAAACUGGAUACUGAUACAUUAUACUUUUAAACUUUUUUACCAAAUGACUGUACUUAUCAAAAGAAACCUACGCAUUUAUAUUUUUUUUUUAUUACAAAAUUAAAUAUUAAAUAUUAUAAGAUUUAUUAUUAUAAUAAAUUAUUUUUUAAUAGUAUUUAAUAUAUACAGCUAAUUUUACAAUUCAUAUUUAUUGAUUUCGUAUAUACAAAUACAUCGAACCGGAAAAUAAAUGUAUCACUAUUCACAGUAUAUCGGAAUUCAUAAUAUGUAUCUUCUUUGAAAAAAAGGAAAAAAAAAGAAAA